CGUCACGCGUCAACUUUUGUGAUAUUUACGCGUAGGGCUGCGUUUAAGUUUUGUCUUCCAGCACAUCGGAGUGAAAGCGUGACGUGCAGUCCGUCAGGCCGAGGACAAAAAGAAAAGAAAAUCCCGUUUUGUAGGUCAGGUAUUUUGGGAAUAUGCCCGCUGCGCGCCACGUGCGUAAUGACGAGUGCGCCUGUAAAUAGAUGAAAUAAGGCGUCGAUACUUUGGAAUGAAAGGGGGCACACCAGCGUAGUGUCUCCUGACGGGGGUUAGGGAAAGGAAUUAAUCAUUUCACGCACCAACACCGGCACUUCAGUGCGCGUCUGUGCCACCUCCGGACGGCUCUCCAAGUCCAUGGAUAAAAAGGAACACGAGGCGGCAGAAUGGUUGUUGCAGGAGCGAGUAACGGGACUUUCGGCAGUGGCAACAUGAGGUCGUCGUUCAUGAUAGAGGACAUAGUCGGUGGCGGAGAUCCCGGGGGCUCCACUAACAUGAUGAUCUCCGAGGCUCUUGCGCUUCGGCUACUAAAGGCUGCGCAAGGCGCCGCAGAUGCAGCAGCAGCAGCGGCAGCAGCCACUUCUCCGUCCACCUCCAGUCAGCCGCAGGUCAUGGAGACGAACGGGACCCGCUGCGGGGAGCAGAUCCUGAGCUACGGCCGGGUGGAGAAAGUUCUGAUCGGCGCGGUGCUCACUAUGCUCACGCUGUCCACGAUCUGCGGGAACUUGCUCGUGGUCAUCUCCGUCUGUUUUGUCAAGAAGCUGCGCCAGCCGUCCAACUAUCUCAUCGUUUCUCUGGCCUUGGCCGACCUUUCGGUGGCUCUGGCCGUGAUGCCGUUCGUCAGUAUCACGGACCUUAUCGGCGGUCAGUGGAUAUUCGGUCAGUUCUUCUGUAACGUUUUUAUCGCCAUGGAUGUGAUGUGCUGCACCGCGUCCAUCAUGACUCUGUGCGUAAUCAGCAUUGACAGGUAUUUGGGUAUCACUAAGCCUCUGACUUAUCCUGUCCGGCAAAACGGCUGCUGCAUGGCCAAGAUGAUCCUGUCGGUGUGGCUCCUCUCUGCUUCCAUCACCCUCCCCCCUCUGUUCGGCUGGGCGCAGAACGUUAAUGACGGCAGGGUCUGUCUCAUCAGCCAGGACUUUGGAUACACUGUCUACUCUACAGCCGUGGCCUUCUACAUCCCCAUGUCGGUGAUGCUGAUCAUGUACUACAGGAUCUACCGAGCGGCCAAGCUCAGCGCAGCCAAGCACACCAUCACUGGCUUCCCCAGGGAAGGGGAGCACCGAGCCGUGGUGACUCUUCGCGGGGGGAGAGGAGGGCAUCAGCCAGCAGAGUCAGGAGAGACGGGAAGUGUCGAGGGGACGGAGGUCGAACAGGUGGAGGAAGCCGAGGAAGAGGAGAGCUUGGACUGCGUGGCAGCGGCGCUGAAGCUCCAGCGUGAGGUGGAGGAGGAGUGCAGCACGCGUGUCUCCCGCCUUCUCAAAACUGGCGAGCACCACCAACGGCGCAAGAGGAAAAACCAGUCCAUCUUCAAACGGGAGCAGAAGGCUGCAGCCACUCUGGGCAUUGUAGUUGGUGCCUUCACCUUCUGCUGGCUGCCGUUCUUCCUGGUGUCCACUGCCAGGCCGUUCGUCUGUGGCGUGCAGUGCAGCUGUGUGCCCCUCUGGCUGGAAAGAACUCUGUUGUGGCUUGGCUACGCCAACUCCCUCAUUAAUCCUUUCAUUUAUGCAUUCUUCAACCGUGAUCUGAGAACCACCUACAGCAACCUCCUGCGCUGCCGCUACAGGAACAUCAAUCGGAAGUUGUCGGCGGCUGGCAUGCACGAGGCUCUAAAACUGGUGGAGAAACCAGACGCUGAUGCGUAAAGCUGUAGGUCUGCCAAUCAGCAAGGCUGCAGAGACCAGUAUGGAAAAUAAUAAACUGGGGCUCAGACUGUGGCACAAGGCUAUUGUGCUGACAGACCUUUUUACCCUCCAGAUUUCAUGAGGAUUGCCAAUGCGAGAGGAGGAAAGAUGCUGCGAUUAAGUGGAUGUAGAGGAAGCCUAAGUGUUUCACUCUGGAGAAAACUGAGAGAAAACAGAGCUCAGUGGUGUUGAAUUCAUACUGUUUAAUUAGCUGAAUCUGUUGCAAUGACUCUGAAGCCCACGAGGAAGGGCUACCUUGGUGGAUUUAAAACUGGCUGCUAUGUUGCUCAGAAGCCUUUUGAACAUGACAUUGAUGCAAAAGCAGGAGCUACACACCCAGACUUUAAUCUCAGCUCCUGUCAUGGAUGGAAAUGAUCUUACGCAGUAGCCAGUGACUUACAUUUCCAUUUCUGACCCAAGGAAAACUAACAAUGAGAAAAUAACGAACGACUCGGAGCUCAACCGCUACCAAAUGUGUUUACUUUGCAUCGUAGUUAUCACUUUUCUAAAACGUAGAGUGUUUUAUUGGUGAACAGGCGUAACAAGUGGACAUGGUAAUGAUUAAAAAGUAUGUAAAAAUUUAUGUACACAAGUCAAUAGCCACGCUGUUUUUGUAACAAAUGGUUCUGAUCUGUUGUAACCUAAUAAGUUGAUAUCAUUUGAAGAUGAGCCAAAACGUGCUCCCUUUCCUUCUACUCGUGUCAUGACCACCUGUUUAUUGAAACUAUUUGCUGAUCAUUUAUUUCUGUAAUAUGGCAGCUAAUUAACGAGCAAGCAAGGACUCUUAGGGACGAGAAAAUGACGUGAAAAUGCAGAACACGAUGAUGUCGACACGGAGCUGAAGGUGGAGUAGAGGGAAACAACAUCAUUGAGGACGCUUUCUGAAUGUGCCUGUGCCUUUUUCUGCUUUGUCGGUUAAGGUUUGGUUGCAGCACACAAGAGUCUCGCUUUACAUUGUGUUAGAAAGUUGAGACAAUGUGCAACUUUAGCCUUGUUGUGCAUUACAUAACAAAAGAAAUGGCCAAUAAAAUGGGCAGUAUCCUCUCAAACAGAGAUGAAUGAUGGUCAGACAGGAUCUAAUCUUUUGACAUGACACGCACCAAAAAAUUAUUUUCACAGUUAAUUUAACAAUUGACUAGUUUUAGGGCUAAAGUUCGGUCUCAAGUGGGUCUAAAAACAGUAAAAUCACAGUUUCAUAUUCAAUCUACAGUCAUCAAAAAAAAAUACCCCAUGUACCAGUUUCAUUUUGAUAAAUUAUCUUUACAUUCUUUAUAAUAUAUAAAAAUCUUAACAUUAAUAUAUUAUAUGGACAUUUUUUUUAGGACAAAUCCAGGAUCAGGAUUUGUCCUGCUGCUGGGAAACACCCCUGACCCAUAACUGGCGUCUCCUUUGAAGUCAAAUAUUGCUUAACUCCAGCUGAUGCUCAAAACUGAAGAGGUCAUAUUUUUCCAACUGGGCUCAGCUGGAAAUUAGGAGAUCUCACGUCACAGAUGUAAUUCAUCCAGCUGAACAGCAGGGGGCCCCAGUGAGACAAUCCUCAAUGAGCAGCAGUGAAUGGAGCUAAACAAUUAAAAUCAUGAUUUAUGUUUGCUUCCAGGGAAUAAAAUACAUAAACUGAUUCUGUUUCCUGUUUGAAGUAAAACGACAGUUAUGUAAAUUUUUUUUCUAACAUAGAGGUCAAGUUAGCUUAUAAAUGCUAGCAUCCCACUAAUCAGUGCCAUUAGUUGAUUAGGAAUUUUACCAUGGGACCAGUACACCCUUACUGGCACCUUUGUCCAAAUGAUAACUUCACAUUAGACGUUAAACCGCCACAGCAGUUUCAGUGUGUGUGUGUGGGAAGCAGCUGGUUGUGGCGGCUGAAGGCGAUGCUAGGAGCCUGCUGCCUGCAACAAGUCACACAAAAUGAUUUUAUGACGAUGAAAACUUAUGGUCUUAACCUUUUCUAUAUAACGAUGUUGGAAUUUCCACGUAGCCCUGUCCAUUCUGGAUUCGAUUAUUCAAAUUCAAUCGAGUUAUCGUCGUCAAAGCUGACAAAAGCAUGGGCAAAGCGUAAAUACGGCUUUUUUUUUUCUAAAGAUUUGUUAGAUGUGAUCAUUUAUUAGGAUCUGUACCACCAGUGUUAAUUAAAUGACCUCCAAUAUGUUGGGCUGCCAUGCUGUUAAUCUUCUCACCUCUUGUUCUUCUGGAGUUUUAUGUGAUCACAGACACUAAUUACGCAGCCAUCUUUCCCGUGUAGCUCUGUCUCAGGCUACAGGGCGACGCCCCGGGAGGAAAUCCGAUGUGGAUGUUAAAGGAGAGAGAGCAGAUCACAGCCGCUGUUUCUUUGGUGUGUUUAAUCUCCCCCGGAGAUCGAGAGCCUGUCUGCUUGGAGUUUAAUUUAAAGUUAAAAGUACAAGUUUAGCUCAGGGGGAGUGAUAAAGUGCACAGAGCUUUUGUAUGUGCACAAGUUUUAGUGCAGCAUCCUGCAUGCACCAAGCAGCUGCAACAUCAUGUUGACAAUAGGAACUCUGGAAACUGCUUGCUUGGUUUCUUUCUGGCAACAUUAUUUUCUUUGUGUUCUUUUUAAUAUGCACUGACACGAGUAGGAGAAACGUGUUACCUCUUAUUCCACAAGGACUGCAGUAAUGUUUUUUAAUCCUUUGAGGAGACUUUGUGUUUUACAAGUAUUAGUACACUCUGUGCUGCUGAGAAUUUGUCCUCGUUAACUUGAAAUUGUACAACAGCUAACUUAGAAGGAGCAACAGAGGGCACUCAGUCAGUUUUACCAAAAUCUCUUUUUCACUAAAGAAGUGUGAACACUGCAAUUACCGCCUUUAUUCUCUUUUGAAACAUUAAUUAAAGCUGCUCUCCACAAGAUUAUUUUUAAAUUUAAAAAAUGCGCUAAGCUACUGAGCCUUAAUUACCGAGUUAGCAUGGCAGCAGAGAUGAUACAGAGAAGCCAGCAGGACGUCUGGUUCAUGUGACAAACUCUGCUGUCUGCCCGACAACAGAAAGUUCACUCAGAGUAAAACGGGACUCGAGCACUUCUCUAGAUUCUAGAUUUUAGAUUUUAUUUCAAGUAUCAAGUGUGAAUAAACAUCAUAAUGAAACACAGGAGUGGGCGAUAUAUAUUUUCCCAAGGGUCACAACGGAAACCAGAAUCAGUGAGCUUAUAAAGAGAUAAAAUGAAUAUUGAGCAGAAUUGACUUCACCUUUUUCUGCAGCCCUCCACAACAGUCCAAUAUGGAAAAAUGAAUUGCCUGCCCCUGGUAUAGAACAUCAGCUAUAAUAGGUAAAUCCAUCUUUUUCAGUCACACUUCAGGGUUCUGCCCAGUCACGCCUUUGCCAUGUGACUAAGGGAAUUAGUUAUUUGGGGGGAGGUGAGCUGAAAAGGUUGAGAACCACUGAACUGUACUCUUCUGGGCUCAGUGCCGCCGUGGCAUGGCUCCAUUUCCCGUCAUAGAAUAGAUGGAGAAUGGUUGCCAGGAGCACAGGAGCACAUUUUUCCUGAAGAGCAUCCAAAAACUCUGAAGAGCAGAAUGUUAUCAUUCACAUGCAACACUCAAACUAUCUGGGAAGCGAAGCUGUUGUUAUCUUGACAACAUCUCGUGAAAAUAUUCUCAGUGGCGUGUCAACACAUUGGUGCGAGAUAGGAAGGGAACGACUGCACAGCAGGCUGAAAAAAAUUCUUUGUAUGACAUCCAGAGGAGAGAGGAGACACGCUAAAAGGUAAAUGGAAGGUAGAGGCACACCCUGGCAUUCAGUGGCUGUCGCCUGCAUCUCAGAAUGUGACUGAAUGCUCGCCUCUUUCAUCAAACUAGUCAUCUUCCCGCAUGAGAGCGCUGCACUGAACCGGAGCUAAUUUUAAAGAAAUUGAGAGCCUGCGCCACAACAAGUAGAUUUAUGGAUUUUUUUCAGUGAGGGAACGCGAACCCUCAAACUAAGCGUGCACCAGCAGUUCCCACAAUAGUCAAAAAAUGACUCUUGGCUCGGCGUGGUCACAUGGUUUCUAAAGAAUCUAUGAAAAGAUGGGGAAUGUGGAGAUAUCAGCUGCAGCUAAAUUUACACAUCAACCAAAGAUGUGAUUGUUUAAAGGCAGAUGUUUUAUUCCCAUGUACUCCUCAUUUGAGUCAAAGUACACUGAAAACACUCUGAGAAAAUGACUGUUAACUCUAAAUGCAGAGAAACUGUGACACUUCAGUAAGGAUAAUAAAUAGAGAGAUCAACAUUUAAGGCAUAUGGCUGGAGGUGACUUAAAUUACCUGCUGUCUCUUGCUAAUAGCUGCUUUAGAAGCCAGAUGUUUGGAAAUGUUCAGCCAACAGUUGCUUAUCCUUUUGAGAAUGUCCUCAUCACAAGCUGUUUUUGAACAGGGAGGCUCAGCUCCAUAUUAGAUAUAAAGUGUGCUGUUCAUAGCAUUCAGUCUUUAGUCUGCACCGCUUUCCAUUUGCGUGAAUGGAUGUGUGUCGGUUUGUCCUGUUUUGAGAGUCAAACAUCUUUGUUUGCCUCUCGUGGAUGCUGAAAGCCAGCGCUGCCCAUUUGAAACAUCUGCACAGUGACAACACUCUACUGAGACGACUCCAUUAAUCUGUCACUGAUUGGCUGUGUGUUAAUCCUCCCACGGCACUCAUUGGACCAAUUGUUUUUUAAUUUUCAACCUGCUGUUUCAUCUCAAAAUGCUAGAUGAACGAGUCAGCUCUGUGGACUGGAGACAUUCAAAGCUCUGGACUCUGGCCUACCAUUACCGGACAAAUGCACAAACAAGGAUUUGUUCGGGAAAGGCUAUUUCAAAUGAUCUUUGGAGGUCAUCAACGGGCAAAUAGCACAGGAGUCAGUCAGAAAAAUAAAACAUAUGUGAUGGCAUACGGUAAAAAUAUCCCAUCCAGUUGUGUUGUUUCUGGCACAACAGAGGGAGAUCAUUCCAAACCAUCUUGGUUAAUGAGAAACCUCAACGGCGCUCCUUUGAGUUAUCGUCAUCAAAACUGCUCCACAUCAGAUAAAAGGUAGAGCUGGUGGACUAACAAGGUCAGAAUAGCAAGAGGGCCAAACGCAUCCUUUCGGGACAAAUAAAGCUCUCAGAUUGGUUCCUGGGCCACAUUCAAACACUUUUUUCAAUUAGUUUUCAUACCACAGCCAAUGUUGUUCACUGGGACUAUAUGGGACCUUGUUCUGUCAGCAUUAUCAAAGUACAAAGAACAGCUCUCGUGGGAUAGUAUUGCUUUUAUAUGCUGUUUAGCACUGUGUGAAACGCCUGUGUAUAUAUUAAGACUAAAAAGAGAAAAAAGGAAAGCGCGAUGGCUCCAUGGCCCCUGGUGACCAUAACAGCUGGGCUUAGCGACCCAUAAAGCACAGCAGGAGAGUCUCUAUGGCACUUCUCGGCACAGAUGCGAUGUGUAUUUGACCAAUCAAAUUGCUGAAAUUCCUUGUAUAUGAGUCCAAAACCAUUCACGUGGAAAAGACUGUAAGAUAUGUUGUUAUUGUCAGAGUGAAACCUUGUUGGUUCCAGUUAAUCAGCCUCGUUUUUGACCCGAUCUGUAAGAUUAUUUUCAAUCAUGGCUCUUCAUACUGAAACGACAUCAGCAGCAGUGUCAUCGAGCUAUUUAAGAACCAGCCACGAUGGAGAUUUCCAGUUAAAACUCUUUAGACUUGUUUUAGAUGUAAUCUAUAUUUUACAGUCUGUACAGUUUUGUCAGGGUGCUGAGUGAUGGCUAAAUUUGUGAAGUGACCUUUCUUGCCAAAAUGAAUCAUU